UUUAAUAAAGUUUACAAAACGAGACAGAUCAAUAAGAUCAAUAGGUCCAAAAAUGGACGUCGCGAAGGAAAGGCCCAAAGCCGAGGCCCGCGAGACACAAACUGACAAAGAUGUCGUUGAUUAUGAUGAACUACUGUCAUCUGCUGGUGAGUUCGGUCGCUACCAAUUUCUGUUGUUCAUUGCAACCUUCCCUUUCUACGUAUUCGGAGUAUUUGUUUACUUCUCUCAGCUGUUCAUGACAGAGACGUCGUCGAACCAUUGGUGUUGGGUGCCCGAACUUGCCAACAUGACAGACAUAGAGAGAAGAUCCUUCGCCAUACCAAAAACAAAUGAUUCUCUAUUCGGGUAUUCGCAAUGCAGCAUGUAUGAAGCCAAUUGGACUGAAUUAUUGGAAACUGGGCAAAGACCAGAUGAAUCAUGGAGGACGAUACCAUGUCAGCAUGGAUGGGAGUUCAAUAAGACAGAGAUACCCUACCCCACCAUAUCAAGUGAAUUGGGAUGGGUAUGUGACAAAGAUAGUUAUCAAGCGUCGGCUCAAUCAGUAUUUUUUCUGGGAUCCAUAGUUGGAGGAUUUCUUAUUGGAUGGAUAGCUGACAGAUUUGGACGGCUACCAGCUAUAGUCAUCAGCAAUUUAAUUGGAUGCCUAGGCGGACUUAUAAGUAUAUUUGCAAGAAACUUCGCCGAAUUCACUGCGUGUAGAUUUUUUAUGGGCAUCUCUUAUGACAACUGCAUGAUGAUGGCAUAUCUCCUAGUGUUAGAGUACGUUGCUCCGAGGUAUAAAACUCUUUUAGCUAAUCUGUCGUUUGCUUUGUUUUACUCCGUUCCUGUUACUUUACUGCCGUGGUUAGCGUUGCUAUGUGGACAUUGGUGGACAAUCGGUUUAGUCACUAGUGUGCCAUUAGCGUUAGGGCUAUUUUCACCUUUAUUUAUACCUGAAAGCCCGAGAUGGUUGCUCUCUAGAGGACGAGUUGAUGAUGCUAUUAAAAAGAUAGAAACGAUAAGUCGAGUGAAUAAGAAAGAGAUACCGCCAAAGCUGAUAGAACAGUUUAAAAUUUCGAUUGCAAAUCAGAAAUCUCCAGAGUCACAAAGUUAUAUGGAGAUUCUCAAAAGGCCAUCGAUAAGAAAGAUGUUUAUACUAAUAUGUCUCCUGUUCAUGUGCUGCACCAUUGUCUUUGAUGGCCUGGUCCGAAGUAUAGGACAGUUGGAUUUCGACUUCUUCAUAUCAUUCAGUGUGGUGUCAUUCACUGAAUUCCCAUCGUUGCUUGUGGUGGCUUUCAUUAUGGACUGGAUGGGACGCAGAUGGAUGGCUAUAACUUGCAUGACACUGAGCUGUAUCUUUACUUUUUUGACUGUUGGCGUGGGCGCUGGAUUUCCAUCGGUAAUAUGCGCUGUGAUAGCAAGAUUCUUUGUGAACAUGUCAUACAAUGCUACGAUGCAGUGGGCUGCUGAGAUCUUACCAACACCUGUCAGAGGGUCUGGAACCGCAUUCGUUCACGUCUGCGGGUUCAUAGGAAACGUCAUUUCCCCGUACAUAGUAUAUUUGAAGAUCUUCCGAUAUUGGCUCCCGUUAGCGGUGGUUGCAUUAAUAGCGGGACUUGGAGGUGUCAUCUCAUUUGCUUUACCAGAAACAGCGAAGAAGGAGAUGCCGCAUACCUUUGAGGAUUCAGAAGCAUUGGCUAGGAGUCAUAAGCUGUGGGAUCUGCCGUGGAAUAGAAAGAAGGAGAGUGUUGAAGGUCAUGUCAAUAAUAGUUUUGAAAUGUGAUUGAAAAUAAAAAGCCUGUAUUCAAGUUAAUUUCUCUGAUGUUUCUGAUAGUACUUUAAACCGACCGCCUUGAAUAUGUUAGAAGAGUGGUCAAGUAUGUGUAGCAAAUACUAAACUUUGUAGUCUGCUGAUUCAAAUAAAUAAAACAUUGGAAUGAUUUUGUAAAUUCGGACCAAAAA